GCAGAACCCAGGGAGAGGUAGUCAGUGUGGGAACCGCCAGGCACUCAGAGCGUUCGCAAAUCUGGCAUGUCACUGGAGCCGUCCUCUCGCUCGCCGUGACUGCGCUUUUCCUCGUCGGGUGUCUUGCCCGAGCAUGUCCACGGCAGCUCGGACAUACUGUUUGGAUUUAUCGGGAGAAGUAACAUUUGGUGCUUGUGGAAAGAUACGGAUACGCUCGGCGCAGAUUUCUGUGGAUUUUACCUACUGACAAGCUAACGCCUCGCAACCAGGGUUGAAAGAUGGGGUUCUAUGGCACUUUGAAAAUGAUUUUCUAUAAAAUGAAGAGGAAGUUGGACCAAGGCGAGGUCCGAUCUUUCCCUUCUGGAAAGAAACCAAAGGGCUCAGACUAUUCAAGCCCUGUGGGUCUCGUUCCAUACUCGGCCACACCCACCACAUUCGGGGACCUGCGAGCGGCCAAUGGCCAGGGGCAUCAGAGGCGACGCAUCACUUUAGUCCCGCCCCCAGCCGGCAUGCAGGAUUGGCUUCGCACCUUCCAGACAUGGUCAGGUCCUGAGAGGCUGUUGGCUCUGGAUGAGUUGAUUGACAGCUGUGAGCCAUCUCAGGUGAAGCACAUGAUGCAGGUGAUCGAGCCCCAGUUCCAGAGAGACUUCAUCUCACUGCUGCCCAAAGAGCUGGCUCUGUAUGUGCUGUCAUUCCUGGAGCCCCGUGCUUUAAUGCAGGCGGCUCAAACCUGCAGGUACUGGAGGAUCCUGGCGGAGGACAACCUGCUGUGGCGAGAGAAAUGCCGAGAGGACGGUAAGGACACUCCCCUGCAUGUGAAGCGGAGAGGCCUGAUGAAGCCCUGCUUCAUCCACAGCCCCUGGAAGAGCGCCUACAUCCGCCAGCACAGGAUAGACACCAACUGGAGGAGAGGAGACCUGCGCUCGCCAAAGGUGUUGAAAGGUCACGACGAUCAUGUGAUCACCUGCCUGCAGUUCUGUGGAAACCGGAUAGUCAGCGGCUCAGACGACAACACCCUCAAAGUGUGGUCGGCCAUCACUGGGAAGUGUCUGCGGACGCUGGUGGGGCACACGGGCGGCGUGUGGUCGUCCCAGAUGCAGGACAGCACCAUCAUCAGCGGCUCGACAGACCGCACGCUCAAGGUGUGGAACGCCGAGACGGGCGAGUGCGUGCACACGCUCUACGGUCACACGUCCACGGUGCGCUGCAUGCACCUGCACGGCAAGAGGGUGGUGAGCGGCUCGCGGGACGCUACGCUGCGCGUGUGGGACGUGGAGACGGGCCAGUGCCUGCACGUGCUCAUGGGCCACGUGGCGGCCGUGCGCUGCGUCCAGUAUGACGGACGCCGGGUGGUCAGCGGCGCCUACGACUUCAUGGUCAAGGUGUGGGACCCUGAGACGGAGACGUGCCUGCACACGCUGCAGGGACACACCAACCGGGUCUACUCGCUGCAGUUUGACGGCAUCCACGUGGUGAGCGGCUCUCUGGACACGUCGAUCCGCGUGUGGGACGUGGAGACCGGCAACUGCGUGCACACGCUCACCGGCCACCAGUCCCUGACCAGCGGCAUGGAGCUCAAGGACAACAUCCUGGUCUCGGGCAACGCCGACUCCACCGUCAAGAUCUGGGACAUCAAAACCGGACAGUGCCUACAGACUCUACAAGGGCCUCACAAACACCAGAGCGCCGUCACGUGCCUCCAGUUCAACAAGAGCUUUGUGGUGACCAGCUCGGACGACGGCACGGUCAAGCUGUGGGACCUGCGCACGGGCGAGUUCGUCCGCGACCUGGUGAGCUUGGAGAGCGGCGGCAGCGGCGGCGUGGUGUGGCGCAUCCGCGCCUCCAACACCAAGCUCGUGUGCGCCGUGGGCAGCCGCAACGGCACCGAGGAGACCAAGCUGCUCGUGCUGGACUUCGACGUGGACAUGAAGUGAGCGGGCCGUCGAGGUCAGCGUGGCCAGCCGCGACUGAAAAUAUCGACGACGUGGUGAAGAGGGAAGCUUAAGAGACAAGAGUUUAACCCCUCUCCUCCACCCGCGAAAAACAACAACAUGGAGGUAAUGGGGAAAUGGAGCUUUUCGUUGACUGCUUCGAGAUCACCUCAAGGAGGUGGCAGGAGGCAACAGACGAUGCCAGAAUGUUCUAGAAGUCCAUUUCCACAUCACCUCCAGUCCCCCGCCCCUCUCUCCUUGGCUGUCGCCUCCCUUCGGACCGAAACACAAUCAAAAAAAAAGGGAUGGUCGGCAAGAGCUGAAGCACUGACUUAAAACUGAUACAAAGGCCAAAAUUUCUCCAUCUCCCCCUACUGGUGUGGAGAUGUAAUUGCACAGAAACUCAUAGAUCUCCAGAAAACAGCCUGGUUUAGCAAAGUGGGGAUGUGAGUACAAGGUACUGUAGUGAAUGUAGGCUUCUUCAAGAGACAUUUAAUGCCAAAGCCAGGCUGUGGAAUGACUGCUGUACAAAAUGAGUCUACAAGAAAGAGCGGGGGGAAAACCCCCCAACAAACAGACGUUUUGUCGUGACAUGGUAAAUAUUGUAUAAAGUAAAAACAUGCUGAAACGGAUGUAAAUUGUUUUCUAAAGAGAAUAUGAAUAUUGCUUCUUAUGGGGGUGGGUUGGGGCAUGAAAAAAGUAUAUAUGAGGCACCAGCCUUAAAAAAAACUCACCUCAUCACAUUUUUUAAAAAACAAAAAAGGUUCACUCAUUUGCCGCUGUAGUCUCUCGACAUCUUAUUUUGAGGGCAUCCCAUACUGUGAAAGUCUGAUCGUUUUUACAUUGUCAACUCAUGAAAUGACAAACAAAAGAAUCCAUGCCACAAAACCCAUCCUGUUCUGCAAUACUUGCCAAGAGACUCCCGAGUUUCACAGUGUUAAUACCCCCACCCCUGGUCCACUCCCUGGCCUCCCCACCCCUCACCUUUUCUCUCUCUCUAUUUACUUGGUCAAGUUUGUGGAACCGUGCUCUAUCCUCUGUGGCCGCCAAACCCGCUGAAAUGGUCUGCUGCUACUAAGAAGACCUUCUUGUUUUGUUUUAUCGAUGCUGUUUUCAUGGCUGUGACGUUUUAGUCCCAGGAUGAAUAACUUCCAAAACCAGACGUUGCUGUGUUUGACCUUGUCGUUUCGUUUGUGCCAUUGAUACUGAAGCCAAAUGUGCCUCCAAGAGGCUAACGGUGAUUGACAGCUGGUGUGCCUGCUUGUGGCUGUGUCUCUGUUUGUUUUGUUUGUUUGUUUGUUUGUUUGUUCAUCGGAUGAAAGCAGAAAGUGAAUGAAUGAAUUAAUUGGUUGUGUGGAAGAAGAGUAAAAACUUACUUGCGCUCCGUUUCCGUCUUGUUAAAACGUGAGGAGGCUGUAAUGGCAUUGGUUACAUAACGAUGGGGAUUCUUUUUUUUUUUAUUUAUUAUUGUAUAUGCCCACUGUAGUGCGGUGACUGUGUUUUGCUUUCUCUGUGUCGGAUCUUGUUAUGACUAUGUGAAAGCGAGCCUUUUAGCUAAGCUGACCAUCCACAUUGGCCACUCUUCAUGUUAAUUGCCAUACACCAGUCAAAACUGAACUGUGACAUGUGAUUGCGCAUUGCUGUCCUACACAACCUUUAUUUCUGUUCACCCCCUCCCUCCUACCGCCCCUCUUUUGCUCUGGUUUAUGUUCUGGUCUGGUUUGUGAAAUCAGAUGAGUCUGGCUUUAUGUUUCAUUCAAAAAGGUGGGAUUAGAGAAAAAAAAGGAUCAUCUUAUCACUUGAUCCAUUACAUUUUUUUUUAAAUCAUUAUUGUUAUUUUCUUAUAAAUUAUAAAGUGCAAUAAAAUGUGCGGUAUCAUUUUUCAA